GUCCAAAGGGAGAUUCUGGUAUCCCAGGAGGCCCCGGUGGUUCUGGAGGUCCUGGAGGAAAGGGCAGCAUGGGAGAAAUGGGAUUCCCAGGACCAUCAGGACAGAAGGGUCUGUCAGGUCAGCCAGGUAGACCAGGAGGUCCAGGACAAUCCGGAGGAUCUGGUUUCCCCGGAUCUAAAGGUGAACCCGGAUCUGCUGGAGUCGGACCCCCCGGAUCCGGAGGACUUAAGGGUGAACCAGGUCAGCCAGGCUUCCCAGGAAAUACAGGACUUAAAGGAACUCCAGGAUCUUCAGGUCAACCAGGAGGAUCAGGAGGACCAGGAUCCAAAGGAGACCCCGGACUUCCAGGAUUCCAAGGUUCUCCCGGUAUUCCCGGUCCUAAGGGUCUGGACGGCGGUUCCGGUGGUCCCGGUCUCACUGGAGCUCCAGGUAGACCAGGAGAGUCUGGAAGAUCAGGAGGCCCAGGACAACCCGGAGACAAGGGUCAGGCGGGUCGGGACGGGAUCCCAGGACCAGCUGGAGUCAAAGGAGACCCAGGUCUUCCAGGUUACGGUGGACCCGGCGCUUCCGGACUUCCAGGAUUGCCCGGCUCAAAGGGAGACUCCGGUGGUCCUGGUCCAUCUGGCUCUCCUGGUUUUCCCGGAUCUAAGGGAGAUGCUGGUUUUCCCGGAAACCCUGGUCCCUCAGGCAACAGUGGCCCUUCAGGGUCUCCAGGUCUAGCUCUGCAGGGCCCCAAAGGACUCUCAGGACCCCCUGGACCCCCCGGAAGAGCAGGUAAAGCAUCCGAAAAUAUGUAUUUG